AUGAAGCUCCUUCUCCUGAUUUUGACUGUUACCCUGCUUCUGGCCCAGGUCACCCCAGUCAUGAAGUGUUGGGGUAAGUCAGGCAGGUGCAGAACAACGUGUAGAGCGGGUGAAGUAUUCUACAUAUUAUGCAAAACUGAGUACAAGUGCUGUGUGGAUCCUAAGUACGUACCUGUCUAACCGAAUGUCCCAAUCACAGGUGGAAGCCUGGAAUCAACUUCUGUAGCCUGA